UAUACAUUCGAUUUAUGUCAUUGUGAAAUGUCAAUAUAAUUCGAUUGAAGCAGUUUUCGUUUUUUCCAAUAAUCGUCAAUAAACGUACCUGUUGAUUAUUCAAGGAUUUAGAUACAAAACACAUGAAAAAGCAUAAAAUAAAUGCUUAAAAACAAAAAAAAAUUAAAACUGCUGAUCAGCCUAUGUUACACAUGCAUAUACUACACAUUCACAUAUACAUAUAUAUAUAUAGGGAGACACAUCAUGCUUGUGUUUACGGGUACGUUCAUGCCUACUUGCAUCAUGGGUACGUUGACUCUUGCCACUUUCGGUGGUGUAUGUUGUACGGUGUAUACCAUUGUGUUAUGAUACUGUGUACAAGUUCCGAUUUGAUGCGAAUUUAAUUUGUAAAAGACGGAUGGAGGGUCCAGCGCGAAAGAUAGCUCGAAAGGAAACACCAGCCCUACCCAAAAAUAAUGAUGCGUCGCAAAGCUGCGAGAAUACAUUGGACUCGAAUUGGACCUAUCUAACCUAUGAUAUUCUGAGAAUUAUCUUUCAAUACCUAAAUGUCAGAGACCUGACAAAUGCCGCGAUGGUUUGCAGGUCCUGGUUAGAAGCUGCAAAUAAUGAGAAGAGUACAAGAGGCCCUUGUUGUUUUAUACAAACGUCUAUAGCUAAUAAAGCGCAACUCUUAGAUCUUAAUUUUAUAAGAGAUAUGAGAGUUAAACCAUCAGCAGGUUUCUUUUUUCUUUCUAGAGACACACCAUGUAAUAUAAGAGAUCUCUUACAGCCUUGUCUACCUAAACAUUGUGAAGUUAUAAUGUUGUUCACUACUGGCAUUAUUAUGGAUAAUAGAGAGAUAGAACAAGAAACAUUUUAUAACAUGGUAUGUGCAUUUUUACCGCAAAUCCCGAACGUGAGAAUACAAACGUUCAAAGUGGCAAAAUAUAAUCUCACACUGAUAAGACAAAUAUCCGAAGAGUUAAUCAGAACGUUUACUGACUUUCAAACAUCCAUAUCAUGUCACGAGACAUCUACAUGUUUCAUGUUAUUAUGUAAUUAUAAGGGCUACACCGAAGCAAAGUUUCUAGCUUCGUCGUUGGCUACAGAUCUAAAAAUAAGGUAGAUUUUAUAUCCAAUU